CGAGGGGCCGCGCCGGGCGCUGGGGCGGGGUCUGCGGGCGCCGGCAGGGCGGGCGGUGGCGGGCGCCACGUCGGCAGCGAGGACGGGCGGAGGAGUAAAGUCUGAGCGGAGGCCGGGCGGGCCGAGCGAGCCGUGAGUGCCGUGAGGUGUAUGCAGAAUACUUUUGUGGAAACAACUAACUAGAAAUCUUCACAAAGGAAUAUAUUUGCAUCAUAGAAUCAUCAAGCUUGGAAGAGAUUUUCAAGAUCAUCCAGUCCAACCACGCACCUAGCAUCCCGGGAGUGCUUCCAGGCACCUGUAGAACCACCCAUCAAACAGUAGUUUUCAGCUGUCUGAUCUGCAAACCCCUGAAGGCUCUCUUCUGUGUAGAACAAAUUCAGUCCUACCAACAGUGACUUACUUGCUGCUGUUCUCAGACCUUGAUGCUUGCUGAGGAGGGAAACCAAGAUUAGCAGGAGGACUCAGGGAAGGAGGCAAUAAUGAAUCAAACUGACAAAAAUCAACAGGAAGUCCCAUCCAACGUUCACGAUGAACCACCAGAAGGGUCACUCAAAGACCAUCCGCAGCAGCAGGCUGGCAUGCUUUCUCGUGUGACUGGUGGCCUCUUCAGUGUCACAAGGGGAGCUGUUGGUGCCACGAUUGGAGGUGUUGCUUGGAUUGGAGGGAAGAGCUUGGAAAUUACCAAAACAGCGGUCACGUCUGUGCCUUCCGUGGGAGUAGGUCUAGUCAAAGGAAGUGUUUCUGCUGUAGCUGGAGGCGUUACAGCUGUAGGAUCUGCUGUUGCAAGUAAAGUGCCUUUAACAGGAAAGAAAAAGGACAAGUCUGACUAAAACCAAAACUGAGACAUACUCAAUUCUCCAGAAUAUUGCAUCAGUGGCAUUAAAAUCUGCUAAGAUUGGGACCAUGAGAAGCCAUGUGUCUUAGACACUUUAUCUUCUAACGAGUUGUGCGAGUAACUCAAUUUCAUCUGAAAAGGACAGAAGAAGCUUGGCUAGCACAGUGUAUGAGGAUUUAUUAGAGCCUAGAUUGAAGCUUUGUAUCUGGUGAAAGGUUACACUUGAUAACUAUAGGAGUGAGUGUAUCUGGAGGAAUAAUACAUAUUUGAAUAGUCACUUACUGUACAUCUUCUGCAGUUUUGGACUAAAAUGUGAAUGUAGAAACCUGGUAGUCUCUGUGAUGCCAUUGAUACAACAAGAUGACAAUUAUUGUUCUCAGUGGUUUCCACAUCCUCCUGCUAAGUAUCCUUCAGCUGUGUGAAAGCACUGUUGGACAUACCCAGUCUUGGUUAUGAACCUGUAUUUUCAGGCAGCCUGUAAACCAUCCCUGACUGCAUUCUGCCAGUGAAGACUGAAGCAAAGAGACUGGAGGUGUGCAGAAUUUGGAAAUGAGAACAGGAGAUAGAAGUGAAAAAGUUUAACAAAUGUGGUAGAAAGGAUAAUUAAGAGUAAACUAACUUAAUGCCUUAUUGGAAGAAAAUCUCUUUACUGGGUGAAGCUGUGUAAAGAAUUGUCCUGUCGUUUCAGUGCAGUUUACAGAAUGAGCUUUAGGCUCUUUAUAAAUCCUGAUAUCUGAAACUUUCUCAGUUUUUACUGAAAGCGUAAUUGCUUCAUCUCAGGUGUAUUUAAUAAUACGCAUCUAUCUCCUGCAAGUGAGAACUUGCUUCUAAUAAACUUAUAGACACUAGAAAAAAUGACAGCCUGUGGAAAAUAGGUUGAUGUUUGUGGUCAUCUAGCACAGCUGUCUAACUUGCUAGGAAUUCUUGUGUAGCUGGAAACCACUGAAGAACCAGCAAAGCCGUUCUCUCAACUCCAUGAUACACCAGGUUAGCUUUUUUUGCUCUGUUUAAGCAAAUGCAAGGAAAUUUUCACUACAUUUCUUGUACUUUUCAUCUUGAUUUUUGAGUAAAAUGCAAUACCUUUAUUUAAAACAAGCCAAAAACAGUAGAUGAGGCCUUAAAAAAAAAAAGGCAGCAUGAUUCAAGUAAUUUGUACACUGACAGACUCCAAAUGCUAACACCUCAAAUGGGAACACCUGUACAUCCUCUGCAGCGUGUGAGGCAAAAUGCACUUGUAAUGACACAGCAUGAGGUUGCCUUAAAAUAGAAACCAUUUGUGAUCUUUUAUUUGUACUGAUUUUGAAAAUAAGUAAUCUCUUUGGAAGCCCAUGGGAGGCAUCUGUUCAUGGUGUGUAUGCAGUAUUUUCUAAAAACUUUUGUUUCUAUGGAGAACUUGUACGCUUAUUUUUUCAGUGGUUGUGGUUGCACUAGGUGGUUAUAUGGGGGGGGGGAACUUUUUAAAAAUUAAAAAAACCCCAAAACAUAUAACUUGUCAAACUUAUUCCUCUGUUUACAGGUGUUGAAAGUGCACCUUGUCUCAAUUAUGGUAUUGUAGUCACCCAGUCUCUCUGAGCCAUUGGUACUUCAACUGUACUCUGUAACAACUUUAUUUUAUAUCAGAAAUCAUAUAGGUUAGAAGCAUGGUACUUGUAAGCAUGGAACUUGGGGUGGUGGGGAGAGCAAAAACCCAAGAAAUGACAUCUACUCCUUCUGUUAGAUACACCAGCUGCUUGGUUCUGAUGUCCUGCAAGGGUGUAAUGAGGUAAGUUGAUGCAACAAAUGGAAGACUUUAACUAUUUUUUUAUAGUCAAAAGCAAAUUGCAUAGAAUAUAGUGUUGUUUAGAGGUACCAGUUAGCUCUAGAAAUGAGCUAGCCUGGAUAUCAGAGGCAAUUUUACUGCAGCAUAUAAUUUAUUAGGGUUUGCUGCCCUGCAAUUUCAAGUGUAGCGAUAUCCCCCAAGUGCUGCCACUGAACUCUUUAGGAGUCACCUUUUUGGAGCACAGUGAUAAUUUGUGACACUCAACCAAACUCUUCCUAAUAGUUUUUCUGUAAAUGGGAAUGUUGAACUGGUCAUACCCGCUUUUUAAUUAAAUUCUUUAUUUUAAACUAUGAAACUUGCAGCAAAACAAGUCAGAGAUAAGCAAUGUUAGGUAUGUAAGGAGUUGCCAACACUCCAUUAUGUUUUGUUCUUAACAUAUCCUGUAGCUAUUAUUUUGAGUCUUGUAAACCAAAACUUUUACAUGGCAUAUAGGUUUAAUUUUCAAAGAGCUUUGUCCUGUAUCCUGUGUGUUUUACAUUCACUUAUGAAACUUGCUUUAUCUUAAAAACUUGUUCCAAUUCUGUCCUGGCACCUGUGAAACAUUAAAUUGUUGCUGUUUCAGACA